UAGUUCUUAAAAGUCAUCACCAGGAAAAACCGGCCCGAGCCGUCCCACGUAGUCGCGAUCUCACCUUUGCAUGAGCGUGAUAGAAAAAGUGGGCGUGGGUGUGCGGAACUGUCAGAAAGGACUCACGCGGACGCGCGCGCCACAUACGCACGCACAGACUCGGGCUCACCGGGAGUGCGCGCCAGCUGGAGAGAGUGAGUGAGCGAGCGAGUGAGCGAGCGGGCGCGUGUUGUCGGUUUGUGUGAGCGAGCGAGUGACGCCUCCACCGUCCUGCAAAAAAACAAAACAAAAAAAAAACCCAAAACAAAAUCCCAAGAGGAAUUACUACUCCACGCAGCCGAGAAGCAGAAGGUGAAGGAGACGAGAGGAAUACUCGACCAUGGCGCUCGCGUCCGUGUGGAACUACCGUGUCCCCCUCGUCGCCAUCGCCGUCAUUAGCCUGGCUCACACCGCAUGUUGUCAGGCAGUGCAAGCAGAGAACGUCACUGUGUUGGAGGGCGGCACGGCCCAGAUUUCCUGCCGCCUGCAGAACUAUGACGGAUCCAUUGUGGUCAUCCAGAACCCUCGCCGGCAGACGCUCUUCUUCAACGGCACGCGUGCCUUGAAGGACGACCGCUUUCAGAUGGUGCUUUUCACGCCGCGGCUCGUGCGCAUCACACUCACCAACGUCAGCGUCUCGGACGAGGGAGGCUACUUCUGCCAGCUCUACACAGACGCCACGCACCACCAGGUGGCCACGUUGGCCGUCCUGGUACCCCCGGAGACGCCUGUGGUGGAGGUGAAGCAGGAGGCCGUGGAGGGCGGCGACGUGGAGCUCAGCUGCGUGUCGCAGCGAAGCAAGCCCGCCGCCACACUGCGGUGGAUGCGCAAUGGCCGAGAGAUUCCAGGUGUGGUCUCGCAGCAGGACAAUGGCAAGACCAUCAGCGUAUCGAGCACCAUCCGCAUACCCGUUGAGAGGAAGGACAACGGGGCGGCGUUGAGCUGCGAGGCCCUCCACCCGGCGCUCGGAAACCAGAAGAGGAUCCGACACUACCGCCUUGAUGUGUUCUUUGCACCGACCGUCAGGAUCGUGUCUCCCGCUGGGAUCUUGCGAGAGGGCGACUCGCUCAGCCUGUCUUGCUCAGUCGUUGCCAACCCACUGCCCAGGGCCAUCCAGUGGUCCAAGAUCAACGACACAUUACCUGAGCGGGCCGAAAUCUCAGGGCCCACCUUCCAGAUUUCCCGCCUGAGCCAGUCGCACAACGGCACGUACUUGUGUCAGGCGCAAAACAACUACGGGCGAGCCGCCGAUCACUACACUCUGCUGGUCUACGAUAAUGUGUCACUCCCAAGCAUGGCCCCUCUCACUCCCACUUCCCAUCCCAUCGUCACCCCAUCCCUCCCACUGGACAUAAAAGAUCCCGGUGCAGUGGUGGAGACUCACAGCGCGGUACCGUACGCGGUGAUUGGUGGCGUGCUGGCCCUGCUGGUUUUCACCGUGAUCUGUGUGCUCAUCGUGACCAUCUGGUGCUCCGUGCGUCAGAAAGGCUCCUACCUUACCCACGAGGCCAGCGGCUUGGAUGAACACGGCGAAGUGCAGGAGGCAUUCCUCAACGGCAACGACGCCAGCCAGGGCAAGAAGGAGUACCUACUGUAGCCUCAUUGUUAUCCUCUGACCUUAUCCCUGUCCCCCUUCCCUUCCCUUUCAUUCCGCCCCCAAUCCCACAGGCAAACACACAAACAUGCACACACCUCGUAAAACCACACAAAAACUCACACACCUCUGCAAAGAAGGAGCGCCUAUGGAGCCAUAUAUACGGCCAUACAGUCCGCUUUCUGUACAGCCAAGAGGGGAAAAAAGGAAAUGAAAAAUGGCAAAUUAAGGGGCUAUACACCAAGAUGAAGGCAAGAAAUGUAAGAGGGAAUCAUUUGAGGCAAAUAAUUGCUGUCAUUUUGCAGCACAAAGUGUUAAAUGUACUCCCCAUUGUGCCAUAUUUUACAUGCAAAGGUCGGUAAUCAAGCGCCGACAAUGCUGGGGAAUGUUCUCAGAUAUAGAAUUCCUGGAAAAAGAAACUCGUCUCCUUGACAUUUUCAUACUUUAUGAAAUACUUCACUUAUGAUGUGCUGCCUCCCUGAUUGGUGGUGGUGGUGGUGGUGGGGGGGUUGUCCUUUUUCACACUUUGGGCUCCACUUCUGCAAAUAGAACCAUCUUGACUCAUUGCUACACCAAGGCCGCAUCUCUGGUCAUCCAGCGGCAUAUGGGCCAGGGGGAGCAGUGGCUCACUUGCAUGAGACAGGGCCACCCCUUCAAAACAGGUUAAUUUUAGCAAGAUGAGAAAUUGGCUAUGGGAAAAAAAAAAGAACUGAUUUGGAUUAAGAAAAAAAUUAUAUAAUACUGUGGUGCCUUGAGAUACAAGUAACUCAUCUGAAUAGUGUUUCAAGCCACAAGGCGUUGUUCAGCUAAUAUUUUGCUUUUGCUGGCAACCAAAAAUUCAAGAUAUUAGUAUGUAUGAACAGGAAACUCAACUCGCCUCACUCCACAAUAAGUAGAUGGAGAACAAUUAAUCAAAAAUCAAUUAAUCAAAUUCACAAUUCUUCAAAAAUAGACUUAGUAAUUGUGAAAAUCCUCUUUGGCGUCCUCAAACAAGCACUAUAUUGCCCCCUGGUGGCCAAGUCGCUCACAUCAGAAGUAAUCCCACUUGAUUCAUCAUGAUGCCCAAACUGUUUAAUUAUUUACAUUCUGUUUGAUUAUGAGGCUAGAAAGGUGAAAUGUUGGAAAACUUAUUAGAGCAUCUGCCUCGCAGUUCUGAGGAUGAGGGUUCAAAUUCCGGCCAGGCCUGUGUGGAGUUUACGUGUUGUUCCCGUGGCUCCGUCGGUUUUCUCCCUGCACUCCGGUUUCAUCCCACAUCCCAAAAGCAUUAAUUGGAGACUCUGCAAUUGUCCAUAGGUGUGAUUGUGAGUGUGGUUGUUUGUUUGUAUGCGCCCUGUGGUUGGCUGGCAACCAGUUAAGGGUUUUCUCCACCUCCUGCCUGAAGAUAACUGGGAUUGGCUCCAGCACUCACAUGACCCUUAUGAGGAUAAGAAGCUCAAAAAAUUGAUGAAUGGAUGAGGCUAGAACCUAAUAAUGGCAUUUCCAUUCUUUUUAGAGUUUUGACUUGCACGUAUCGUCCCAAAACAAAUUCAAAUUGUAUGUCAAGGCACUAUUGUAUGUCAUCUUCACUGUUUCCAGUUUCUCUAUUCCAACACUUUUGCUCUGGCGUGUUUGACUCUCCUGCUGGGAGGGUUAAGUGAUUUCCUUUCUUCAACACAUGAGGGAAAGGCAGUGUCUCCCUUUUGAGCCGCCUCUCUCUCUGUUAUUCCGUCCAUUCCAUCCAGCCUUCUUCUCGUCGCUCUAUCGCGUCGCUUUUAUUGGCUCCUCACAAUGAAAGGAUUAGCGUCGGGCUGCGUUCCUGACAGAGACGAAAAGGAAUAUGACUCGCGCCGACAUUAAAGAAAAGCUUAAUUAUUUUCGAAUGUCAUUAAGGGGAUAAAAAAAAGGUUUAGAAGUCUUAAUGGGAAGGGCAAGAAGAUAAAGAGGGAUGUAAAAACACUGAACGAGACAAUAAAACUCCUUUCUGAAUCGACCACACACAUACACACACACAUAUCACAUUCACUCAUAUGUAAACAUCGACGAAGCGAGUAUACAUAUCUCUGAAUUCCUUAUUUGUAUAAAAAAAGCAACAGAUGCGUAAUUAAACUUUGAAGAGAGAAGAAACUGUUUACUAUUGCAUUAUGAAUCUAUACUAUACUAACACAGAAUAUUAGCCUAUAGUGGCGCAGAGCCGAACAAACUACUGUCCAGUGAUCUUUAAAAAAAAAAGAGAAAGAAAAAGGAAAAGAAAAAUAGGACUUCAUCAGAAACCUACAAUGGUGUAUUAGGGCCACGCUGAAAAGAGAAAAAAAAGUCAUAAGUCUUAAUGUUGUGAGAAAAAAAAAUCACAAUCAAAGGAUAAAUUUGUAAUUUUGUUUCUGAAAAAAUACGUAAUAAUAUACAUAUGUAUAGUUGCUGCUGAUCUCAAAAUAUUUUUUGUCUGAGAAAGACUUUAUUCUCAGACAUACAUGUUGAAUUUUUUUUUCUGGAAGUUGUCCAACUUUUUUCUUGUAGCAUUUCUCAUCAUUUCUCAACAAUUUAGAACUUUUCAUUUAAAAAAAUGAAACCAACUUUUUAUUAUUUUUUGACUUAACUAGCUUUUCUUGGAAGAGAGAGAGUUUUCCACUUACAUGAAAAAAUUCUCUUAAUGAUGCAGUUUUACACUUGUGUGUCAUGACUUUUCUUCUCCAAAAUGACUUUUUCCCCCUGAAUGUUACAACUUUACUCUUAUACAAAAACUUAAAAGUAUGACUUGUAAAAUGGCUUUUUUAUUUUUUUUAUCCCACAUCUCCCAGCAAUAUUAUGACUUAAUUCUCAUGAGCUAAAUUUUAUUGAGAAAAAGAAUGUACUGUUUCAGUAUUCUGGCUUUAUUCUAAAAAAAUAAAUAAAUACAUUAACACCAUGAUUUUAUGAUCAUAUUUAUGACUUUUUUUUCAAUUAUUUUUUCAUUUGAGAGUGGCCCUAAUACUGCCAUGUAGAAACCAGAGGUCUUAUUGAUUUUUUAAAUUAAAUACUUGUUUGCAGAAAUAUGAUUGUUGUUACUGUUAUUAUUAUUAUUAUUAUUAUUAUUAUUGACGUUGUUAUUAUGACAAUUGUAAAUGUUACAAGAACUGUACACUUCUCAUGCUUUGUUUUUAAUUCUACUGUAGAGCAGUGGCUGUCUUCUUUUACCCGAUGAUUUCCCCAGCGCCUUUUCCUCUCCUCUUCCUGGUAUUUCUCUCGCUAUCUCUCUCUUCUUCUCCUGUGCCCAGUUGUCGCCUCUCCUUCCCUUUCACUGUUUAUUUCGGUGUCCAUGUGUCAUUGUUGAUAUAUGCUGUAGCUAACUAUUUCUUUAUAGGAGUAAGCUACAAAAGCACGAGAAAAUAAAAAA